AUGGUCAAUGCGGUCGUCAUUACCCGGUCCCAAUCAAUCUGCUCAUUCCUCUAUGCCAACGGCAAUCAGUGCCAGGUGGCGCGCGUGGACAAUACGUCCUACUGCGCAGAUCCCGGACCGCAGAAUCUGCCAGGCUUUGAAGGAAGAAGUGUGUUUCUUGCGCAACUGCCGGCGAUACUCGACACCCUCUGCCUGAUCGAGCACGCUGAGCUAGCACGUCCCGGGAAUCACGCCAAACCUCUCACUAUCGACGCAGCCACUCUACCCGGCGGUAUGUGGAACGUACACGUACCCAUCGAAUUCUCGGAUGGCGUCAAGUGGAUCGCCCGGAUCCGCCGAAAGACCGUCAGGGCCUGGCCCGCUCUCGUCGAACGGCACUUCAUGCAGGGGGAGAUAGAUCUCCUAAGAUGGAUUGCGGAGACUGGAGCCGCCCCAGCCCCCAAAGUCAUGUCUUCCAUCUUCACUCACGGUGCAGCCGACUUCUACUUUAUGGAGCUUAUCCCCGGAUCGAGCUGUGCUGAUCCUAUCUGGAAGGGCGUUCCUCGCGAGCAGACCAGCCGGACUCUCUUGGACUACGCCAAAAUCAACAUCGAACGGUCGAAGCAUCCCCUCCGUCUUACAGGCGCCCUCCACCGAGAUAAGGACUCUGGUACUUACACGGUCGGCCCUCUCUAUACCCGCGAUAUCACCAACAUCUCCCCUCCUCAGUUCCCCGGUCCCUGGAAAACGGUCGCGCUCAAAUACAAGUGGCAGUUUGACUACCUCCUUGACACCAUCCGAGCGGGCCAGUUGUACUCGCGGCAACGCAAAAAGGCCUUCCUCGUUCACAGGUGGAUGAAGGAUGCGGUCAUGGCGUACCCUCCAUACAACGUCGAGGAUGAGGAUACCUUUCCGCUCAACAACGACAGCAACGGUGGGCACAUCAUGGUGGAUGCUCGAGGGGGGAUCACGGGCUUGAUCGACUGGGAAGGUGCAUCUGUUGGCCCGAAGUGCGAAGCCUUUGCCAUUCCCCAGGCCUUCGAGGAGAGGCUCUUCUUCGACGGCUCGAAUGAGCUGUCCUGGGCGGAGCUUGAGCUCGCCGACGCCUACAAAUCGCUUGGCCGACCCGACCUCGCAGAGUGCAUCACUCUCGGCAAGCCCUAUCAAUGGAUUUCGAUCUUGAUCUACGGCGGGAGCUGGCAUCAGUACAAGUGGGUGAAGGCGCUGGGCGUCUCGGUGGGGUACGAGAUGGAGGACAAUGAGAAGGACUUCUUGAGUCGGCAGAGAAAGACGUACAAGGCGGAGUUCAGGGCGCUGAAGAAGAUGUGGGCGGAAGAAGAGGCGGUGAAGGCUCAGACAGAGCAGGGCGUGACUGAGGGUACGGGAGCGAAGGCGGAUGUGAGCGACAUCGGAGACAGCAGGUGCGAAGGCGGUAUGGCAGUUUAG